GCUCUGGCUCUGGCUUCGGGUUCGCUCUGGGCGCGCGCGGGCCCGGGCCGGGGGGCGGCGGAGCCCCGCAGCUCGUGCCGCUGCGAGUGCUUCGGUGCGUGCUCAGAUCGCGGGUCCGGGCAGCAAGGGAGAGCUGAGCAUUGCACAGCCCGAGCCGGGGGGUGGAGGAGAGGGCAAGGUUAGGGGCCAGCCGACCCCGGCCCCCCUCUCGCUCCCAGCGGGCCAGGAACCGCCCCCCCCCCGGCCGGCCGGGCUCGCAGGAGCACCCCAGCCUUGCCAACCGGUUCUGCCCGGACCCUCGCGUGUGGGAGGCAAUGGGGCGGGGGCCCUGCGCUGGGCUGAGCUGAGCUGUCGCAUUGGGGGGCGGGGCCCGGAGCCCCCCGCCCCACUCCGGGCUGCAGCCGGCCGUGAUGGGCCCCGCAGCCCAACCCACCUCCCGGGCUGAGCCCCUUUAGCUCGGAGCCCCCCCUCCGCGAGCAUAGGCCCUUGCACCCCCGGCCCCCGCGGGCUCGCCGCAGCCGGCAGCGGGGGCGGGGAUGGUGAACUUGGCCUCUAUGGUGUGGAGGAGGCUCCUAAGGAAGCGCUGGGUGCUCGGCUUGGUCUUCGGGCUGUCCCUCAUCUACUUCCUCACCAGCACCUUCAAGCAGGAGGAGAGGGCGGUGAGAGACCGGAAUCUCCUUCAGGUUCAAGACCGUGAACAGCCCAUCCCGUGGAAAGUGCAGUUUAACCUGGGCAACAGCAGUCGUCCGAGCAACCAGUGUCGGAACUCCAUUCAAGGGAAGCUUCUCAUCACGGAUGAGCUAGGUUACGUCUGCGAAAGGAAGGACCUGCUUGUGAAUGGCUGUUGUGACGUCAACGCCGCCAGCGCUAGGCGCUUCUGUUGUGACGGCUGCUUGUCCAAUGGAUGCUGUGGUGCCUAUGAAUACUGCGUCUCCUGCUGCCUGCAGCCCAGCAAGCAAUUACUCCUAGAACGGUUCCUCAACCAGGCCGCAGCAGCGUUCCAGAAUCUCUUUAUGGCUGUGGAAGAUCACUUUGAGCUGUGUCUGGCCAAAUGCAGGACUUCAUCUCAGAGUGUGCAGCAUGAGAACACCUACAGGGACCCCAUAGCAAAAUAUUGUUAUGGAGAGAACCCACCAGAGCUCUUCCCUGCAUGAUGGGGAGCCAGAGUAGCAAAUUGUACCCAUGAGGCCAGAAUUUGGAGAAGGAAGAGUGAACCUGAAGACCUCAGCCUGCUCUUGGGGGAGUGGUGAUGGUGGGAGGGAGGGGGGUAUUUCUUCAGACUCAAAAUGAGCCCAUGGGUUAGAAGACUUACCCUUCCAGUGGGUGCUGGAGGAUGGUGCUAAAAGGGACCAUGAGGAACCCGGGACCCCUCCUCGUCUGCCCACCCUUCUCCCGGCGCUGAACACUUUGGCCCUGCUGGACAGACACGUCCUCUCAAGCUGCAGCUCAGAUCGGGUCCAGCCGGGUGGUCGGAACGCCUCAAACAGAGCCGACAUCCUCCCCUGUCCUCCCCUCCCUCCUCCAUUCCCACAAAAGAGAACUGGGAGUUGUGCCCUUUUGGUUAGGCUUUGGGGUUCAAUGUUCCACUCGUGGUCAGAGCGCCAGCUUUGUAUAUAACUGUAAAUUAUUUAUUGGACUGAUGUGGGAGAGUAGAAAAGAGGAGUAUUUCCUGCAGCCAAAACCUAUUGCCUUUCAGCUUCUAGUCACAUGUGUCCCAGAGCAAAAGAUUAGAUUUCUGCUGAUUCCUUGUGUUAACAUGUUUUGUGAGUUAAAAGGAUCUAUUUGUACACAUCAAAUCAUUUCUCUCUCGGGGCCCAGACUUCUCCCACCAGGGCUUCAGUUUUUCGUUCAGUGAAAUGUCUCCAUGCCUGACGCUUUUCAGUGUUGGUGAUGCCCUGUUAUCUUCAGCCUAAUGUACAAAAGAAUUCAAUACCUCCUGAGAGACUUGACUGCCCAAACCUCCGGCGGGCCAGCUGGUCUACCUUAGGGGUUGGCUCAUUCAGCGGCAUUCGAGAGGAUGAUUUUACCCCUGGGUCUCAGGCUGGAGUCUUCCUAGUUUCUGGUUCUCCGUGGUGUGUUUUCGGUUGCUCCCCUCGGGGUGACCUCAGGAAAAUCAGCCCCGUUUCUGUGAGGUGGGAUGGAAGUGCCGGGGACACACUUGCAGUGUGUACCUGGCCGACUUGUGUCUCGCUCCAGCUGCAUCAGUGUCCCCAGCCCCCGCACCGUGCUCCGAACAGCUCCCGGCUUUGGUUUUAUGUACUAGCGCUAAGUGAUCCGUCGUGGUGGGGAGUGUUCACCUUGUGGCCAGCUGGUUAGUGUGUUGCAGUCCCCAAGAUAGUAAGAGUCACUGCAGCCCUUUGACCUAAGGAAGCAUGGCCACGUCACUGUGUUUGCCAGACAGGUGGGAGAGCACUGGUCUGGAAGUCAAAGGACCCGAGGUUGAGUGUUCAGGACUCCGCUUGCUGGAUAGAGGAUCUUUGGUGAAGUUUGCUCUUCUCCUGACCACACUUUUCAUCUGUGUAAUGGAAGGGGUUGGGUUAAAUGAUCUGUACAGUCCCUUUUAACCUUGAUUCUCCGUGUCAGCCCCCUGUCCCUUACAGCCAACCCCAUCUCUCCUCCGUCCUGAUGCUUUCAUGGUCUCAUUCGGUGUGCCAGGAGCUCCUCUGCCCUAGCUUUGCUCUUUGCUCCAAGUGCUAAGCCCCCAGCCAGCUUUGGUGCUUGCUGCAUGUGCUGAAGGCUUCCCUGCCCCCCCAGCUUAUCUGCUUUCUCUGUGUGCCAAGGCUCAGCCCACCAGCUUUUCUGCCUGCUCCGUGUGCUAACGGCUCCCCCCUCAGCUUUGCUUCUUGCUCCCAGUGCUAAGGGUUCCCCCUCCCCCCAGCUUUGCUCAGUGCUAAGGGCCCCCCAGCUUUGCUUCUUGCUCCCAGUGGUAAGGGCCCCCCAGCUUUUCUGCUUGCUCUGUGCACUAAAGCUUCCCCCCCCAGCUUUGCUCCUUGCUCCCAGUGCUAAGGGCCCCCCCCAGCUUUGCUCCUUGCUCCCAGUGCUAAGGGGCCCCCCAGCUUUGCUCCUUGCUCCCAGUGCUAAGGGGCCCCCCCAGCUUUGCUCCUUGCUCCCAGUGCUAAGGGGCCCCCCCAGCUUUUCUGCUUGCUCCAAGUGGUAAGGGGCCCCCUCCCCCCAGCUUUGCUUCUUGCUCCCAGGGCUAAGGGCUCCCCCUCCCCCAGCUUUGCUCCUUGCUCUAAGUGGUAAGGGCCCCCCUCAGCUUUGCUCCUUGCUCCAAGUGGUAAGGGCCCCCCCAGCUUUGCUUCUUGCUCCCAGUGCCAAAGGGCCUCCCCAGCUUUUCUGCCUGCUCCAUGUGCAAAGGGCUCCCUGUCCCCCAGCUUUGCUUCUUGCUCUCAGUGCUAAGGGCCCCCCCAGUUUUGCUUCUUGCUCCAAGUGCUAAGGGGCCCCCCCAGCUUUUCUGCUUGCUCCUUGUGCUAAGGGCCCCCCAGCUUUUCUGCCUGCUCCAUGUGCAAAGGGUUCCCUGUCCCCCCAGCUUUGCUUCUUGCUCUCAGUGCUAAGGGCCUCCCACCAGCUUUGCUCCUUGCUCUCAGUGCUAAGGGCCCCCCCAGCUUUGCUUCUUGCUCUAAGUGCUAAGGGCUCCCCGUCCCCCCAGCUUUUCUCCUUGCUCCAUGUAUUAAGGGCCCCCCCAGCUUUUCUGCUUGCUCCAUGUGCUAAGGGCUCCCCGUCCCCCCAGCUUUGCUUCUUGCUCCAUGUGCUAAGGGCUCCCCGUCCCCAGCUUUGCUUCUUGCUCCCGGUGCUAAGGGCCUCCCCAGCUUUUCUGCUUGCUCCCUGUGCUAAGGGCCCCCCCCGCUUUGCUUCUUGCUCCCAGUGCUAAGGGGCCCCCCAGCUUUUCUGCUUGCUCCAUGUGCUAAGGGCUCCCCAUCCCCCCAGCUUUGCUUCUUGCUCUCAGUGCUAAGGGCCCCCCUCAGCUUUGCUUCUUGCUCCCAGUGCUAAGGGGCCCCCCAGCUUUGCUCCUUGCUCCAUGUAUUAAGGGCCCCCCCAGCUUUUCUGCUUGCUCCGUGUGCUGAAGCUUCUCCCCUCCAGCUUUGCUCCUUGCUCCAUGUUCUAAGGGCCCCCCAGACCCCUUUGUUACCUGCUCAGUGUACCACACACAACCUCUGAUGCUUGCUUAAAUUUGGUGAAAAGAAUUUCUCCCCACACCCCAACCUUUUCUUCCUAAAUCUGAGGCUUUCUUCAUUUGUGCUUCUCCCAGGUACUGGUACUUUCUUGGCCAGGAAGCCGAGGCCUACAUCCCCUCUUGAUGCCCUGCCACCCCAGCUCCAAAGCUCUGAUCCUUUCUUGGUCUUUGUCCUCGGAGCUCCUUGAUCCUGUCCCACCUCCAGCUUUCAUGUUUUCUUGCUUUGGAGGCUCCCCCACCCUCCAAUAAAAGCUCUGAUGUUUUCUUCCUCCAUGUACUAAGGGCCCCUCAUGCCCCCCCAGUAAUAAAAGCUCUGAUGCUUUCUUGGUCUGUGAACUAAGCUUUCCCCCCACUUUUGAUGUUUGGUCUGUGUGCUAAGGGCUCCUCCUGCUCCCCCCAAAAACAAAAAUUCUGAUGCUUGCUUAGUCUGUGUGCUAGAAUUUUGUGUCUCCCUCUCUCUCUUCCUCACCCCCCUCCCCAGCCUUGACACUUACUCUGGGUGCUAGGGGCCUGUCCCUUUUCCCCACCCCUGCCAGUUGGUUCACACUGAGUGUUUCUUCUCUUUGUGGUGGGUCCCUGGUAGCAUGGAUCUUGUAUAAUGUCUCAUUCUUUCUUACUGUUAACACUUGGUACAUGUAUAUAUGCACACAUGCUUGUGCUUUCCUUCUCCAGGUCCCACUUAUCUGGGGGUGGGAUUCCCUCCUGCCAUCUUGGAUUCAGGCAAGUUUGGUAGAGGGGGCUAAGCUUGACUCCCUCUGUCCCCGUCCUCUUCUUUCCCUGUGAGUUCUUUCUUGUUACAGUGUACAGUAACCACCACUCUAUGUUUAUGCCCAUUACCUCACUAGACACAACAACCCUGGGAAGGUUGAGUAUCGGGCAGUGUUGUCCCCAUCCUACAUAGGAAGAAACUGAGACUUAUCAUUGGUGCCCAGGGUCACUUGGCUAGUAAGUGUGGAUGGGGGAGCCAGGGUUCAUAUUUGGGUCUUUCCACUCCUUGCAUUGGGCAUUCUUUCCAUUUGCCAUGUGUCUGUAAGUAUUUCGCUCCACCCCUCUUCCCAGUCAAACUCCCCCAAGGCAAGUCAUCCUUCACUAGGGCAACCUAAAUAAACUUCUGAAGGUGGUGACUUGGCUACCUUCUGUUUUUGCAUUUUCCUCUUGCCUUUGUGUUUGGGUGGGGCUUUCUCUGUGUGUAAUGUGUUUUCAAUGGUGCUGAUUUAAUAAAAUUUGUCUCUCAAAACAA